AGCAUAAGCUUUUUGAACUGCUAAGAGUUUUACACUUUCUUCGUAAGUAGAAUAUGGAAGGCGGUCUGGCAGAAGCUAGAUAUUUUACUUUUUUGAUAAAUCUUAACCUCCAAAGAAGUGUCCCAAAGUGUUUGGGCUGCCGGGACCAAAGUUUUUACUGCGAUGUGUAUUGUAGAGUCUGGCACAAAAGUUGAUGUCGUACUUGGGCUUUACCCAAGAUCUCACUGGGAUCAUUAUAUACAGUGUGACAAACAACAUUUGUAAAAAUUAUACAGUUUGUGGUUGGCUUAAUGUGCAUAUUUGCUUUUUAUUUUGUCAUACUAGCACUAAAAUAGCUUCUUGUUUUUGGCGGGAAGUGCAAGAGAAGAUAAAUUGUUAAAUCGUCAUGUUAUUCCAACCAAAACCAAUUUUUAUUGUUACACCGUCUGAACUCUCCAGUAGGACCUUCUCGGGAAGGCUUGAUGACGUUAAUGUCGGCAUGAAACGUAAGUUGCGAUAGUCUUCUCCUAUUGUGACGUAUUUCUGAGUUGCCAUGAUUUUGCCAAGUAAGACAUGUUCCUGGAUCAACAUAUUUUGUUUAUCCUGGAACAACAUACCUGUCCAAAAAGUCCUAACCCUGCCCAUACAUUAUCCCUAAAAUCAGAGAGAAAUGAUGGGUGAAUAACAAUGUAGAAGCACCUAACCCAGGUUGUAAGCCUAAACUUGAUAUAAACUCUAAACUUGUCCCUCAAAUCUGAUCGGUUAAUUGGAAUGUUGUUCCAGGAUCAACAAAGAUGUUGAUCAAGAAACAUGUUGUACUUGGUGAAAUUGUGUUAAUUGUAUUUCUGAGUGAUGCAGCUUCUCGAAAAAGAAAGCUGUUGGAUUUUGAUCAUCUGGAAUUGAUUGGAUCAUUGGAUUGUUGUUUGCUAUUGUUGCAACUCGUGAUUGACAGGUUGUCUUGCCAUCAUGCCAUUAAAUGCAUCAUCAGAGAAGAGAUGUUGCUGCAAAAGAGGGGAAGUUAUUUUGAUUAUAGAUUAUGAGGGCAUAGGAAUUUUAAAAAAUGUGCAAGGACAAAUUAUUUAAAAUAAACCGCAAUAUUCCAGUAAAAAAAAUUUCGUGGUUACUGUAAGUUUUUGGAAUGCUCAGUCUGAUGUGAACACUUCUCACUGAUUCCUAAGGAGAUGUUUAGAAUGUGGUCUGAUAUCCGUCCAGAGCUCUGUCUGGUGCAGGGUACGAAAGAAGAUAACCUCUAUUUCUGUAGUUUAUAAACAUGGUGUAAUAUCCUCAUAUUCUGUUGGAGAUUGGUGAAUGUACAGCAAAUGAAAGACAUCAUGGUUGGUAGAGAAAGUCUGGAAGAGGAUCAUAGUAUUUAAACCUUUAAGCACUCAGAUCCUCUCUGUCAGCAACAUUAGUCUGUUCUGCUUCCUGCAGUUGCUCAGGGGUCUGACUCAGAGGUAUUAGAGCUAUCUAAUGCCUCUACACCUCCAGUAACGUGCAUCUGCCAGGCUGAGAGGACGUUAGCACCAUGAUCAAGCUUAAAGGCAGGAGGCAAAGCCUUUUCCCCAACUAUAAACUUGGGGUCACAGCCCCUGCUCCCAAGGAUCCAGAGGACUCUGAGCUUCCUUUUGGCCAGAACAACUGGGUGAAACCAUGGAAUUCGAUGCAGGAAUUAAGUAAGGAUAUUUAUGACAUCUACGCAGAGUAUGAAGACGAUGAAGAGGAUAGACUGCUGUCCACCCCUAGUAAAAUGUCCUCUCCAACUAAGAACUACAUGCUCAACAUCAACGUAGGAGGCAAGGUCUACCAGAUCUCUUACAGAGUAGCAGCAAAAUAUCCCAAGACAAGAAUUGGCCGUCUUGCAACGUAUACGGACCACAACAGGAAACUUGACCUCUGUGAUGAUUACACUGUCCAGAAUAAUGAGUUUUUCUUUGACAGGGAUCCAGACGUCUUCCACAGCAUCUUUAACUUCUAUAGGACUGGAGUUCUCUGGAUUAAAGAUGAAUUGUGCCCACGCAAUUUCUUGGAGGAGAUCAACUACUGGGGUGUUCGUAUCAAGAACACUCAUCGCUGCUGCCGUAUUUCAUUCGAGGAACGGCAAGAUGAACUUAACGAACAGCUGAAGGUGCAAAGGGAACUUGAGGCAGAGGUGGAAACUGAGGAACAUGAGGACCUGUUCCAGGAUAUGGCUUUUGGUCAUACACGUUUCCUCAUUUGGAACUUGAUGGAGAAGCCCUUCUCAUCGGUCAUAGCCAAGUUAAUGGCAGUAGCAUCCAGUUUCUUUGUGCUGGUAUCUCUUGUGGCUAUGACACUCAAUACAGUAGAGGAAAUGCAGUAUAAGUCGACCGCUGGCCAGCUGAGUGGGAAGACCUACUGUGAGUAUGUUGAGACUUUCUGCAUUGCGUUUUUUACCAUGGAAUAUCUGCUCCGGCUUGUAUCCACACCUGACCUCAAACACUUUGGAAAAAGCGUGCUGAAUGCUGUGGACCUGAUUGCAAUCCUUCCAUUAUAUAUUCAGAUGAUCCUAGAGAGUUUUGAAAGUGAACACCAGGGGAAACACGGUAGUGAUAUCGAGACUGUAGGACGGGUUGGUAAAGUGGGGCAAGUUCUCCGCAUCAUGAGACUUAUGAGAAUAUUUCGUAUCCUAAAACUAGCGCGUCACUCUACUGGACUUCGAGCCUUCGGCUUCACGCUCCGGCAAUGUUACCAACAAGUGGGAUGUCUUUUCCUCUUCAUUGCGAUGGGAAUUUUCACCUUCUCUGCCAUGGUGUAUACUGUGGAGCAUGAUGUACAUCACACAAACUUCACCAGCAUUCCACAUGCUUGGUGGUGGGCAGCUGUGAGCAUCUCCACUGUGGGCUAUGGCGAUAUGUUUCCGGAGACUCAUCUGGGCAGGAUUUUUGCAUUUGCGUGCAUCUCGUUUGGAAUUAUUCUCAACGGCAUGCCAAUCUCCAUCCUGUUCAAUAAAUUCUCAGACUACUAUUCAAAGCUGAAAGCCUAUGAAUACACCUCUAAUAUAAAGAAUCGUGGGAAAGUGAGGUUUGUGAAAAGGGCUGCAAAGACUGUUACAGAAUGUUUUUAGGGUGUGAUACACUGACCAACUCUUUCCUCCCACUGACUGAUUUUUAACUCAUGGACAACAAAAAAUGAAAACCAAUCUAAGUAACUGUCUUCAAACAAAUUAGCCAUUGCAAACCGCUAACCAUGUUGUUUGUGCUAAUGGGAUACAUUUAUAUUGAAAAAACUUUUGUACUAUACACCUUUUAAGCUAUUUUUUUAUGCUGAAUCAAUGCAUUUAGGCAGCUCUAACAGGAAAUGAUGCAAGUUAAUAAAAACUCUUUUUGUAGCACCAAUUUAACGGUCAGUGAUCAACUUUUAAAAAACAUUUUUUACUGUGCCAUAAGUAAUAGUAAGAAAAAAAAAUGCUAAAAAUGUUUUAUUUAUUUUUAUAUAUGGGCUAAGGGCAAUGCUGAGACAAAUAAUCCAGUGUCGACAAACUGCUUCAUAUAAUCAUUUGAAGGUUUUAACAUCUGGCCAAGCACAAGCUCAGCAUCAGUACUUUUUACAGUAUUGUACAGGCAUUUGUGUAAGUGUCAAUCAAGAAAAGCCGAUUUAUGAUUUAUAUCAACUAGUUUCCCUCUGGAAGCACUCUGAGCUGGGCAGAUUGGAAAAAGAUCUCCUAUAAGGUUAACUGCUGUAUUGGCAGGGCUAUUUUAUAACUUACAACCAAUUUACAGAGGUUAACCUGUUAAAAUGAAUUCAGGGCAGACAUCCUCACUACAAUAGCUAGGCAUUGUAUGUGACUUACAAUUACAGAAAACUUGCUGACUUAAUAAAGAGUGGCCAUUGUGACGUCUAUAAGAAUGCAGAGAACUAGAAUGUAAUUAAAUCUGAAAAGCAUGCUCAUGCAAACAUUGAUAAUCCUUGAAAGAUUAAUCCUUGGGGAUCAUUGAAGUCCCAAGGACAGAUGGAAGUAGAGCAGGGAAACAAAAUUAAUUUUCAAGCACGCAUGCCUCCAUACUCAAAGCUAAAGCUACUAUAUAUGUAUUUUUUUUUUUUCUCCUUUUUAUAUUUUACACAGAAAUCUCUAUUUUCUCCUGAAAUGAUCAUAAUAAAGAAGUGAAAUC